AUGACCUUGGGCACUAAUCUCCACAAGCUGAAGCGAAUUCUUAUCACUGACUUCUAUGACGUGGCAUUGAGCCCUGGUUUGAAAAAGAGACAGUCGAAUGCAACAAAGAGGAAGUUGUUUGAACUACAACGUCAAGUGAACCAACCGCCUUCGGAUGGAUCUGGUAUAGGCGCAGAUGUCACGCAACAGGGGUACAGUUGA